GCCAUUCAAGCUAUCGCAUCUUACUUGGAUGCGUUCCAAAAAAUCGCAGACUCCGCCACCAAUGCCAGAGGCGCUACCAAGGAAAUCGGAACUGCGCUUACAAGGAUAUGCCUGAGACACAAAGCGGUGGAAACUCGCCUGAAGACUUUUACAAGUGCGGUCAUGGAUUGCCUCGUCGUUCCUCUGCAAGAAAAGUUGGAAGAUUGGAAAAAAACCGUUUUAAACUUGGAUAAGGAACACGCCAAAGAUUACAAAAGAGCAAGGUCAGAGUUAAAGAAACGAUCCACAGAUACGCUGAGACUACAGAAAAAAGUACGCAAAGGUGCUGGCGGUGACUUACAUAAAAGAAUAGAAUGUGGCUUACAAGAUGUUAGUGAAAAAAGACAGUUAUUAGAAGAAACAGAAAAACGAGCUGUGCGUGCCGCAUUGGUCGAAGAACGCAGCAGAUUCUGUACCUUUGUGGGGUUCUUAAAACCGGUUGUGGAUGAAGAAGUUGCCAUGUUAACGGAAUUAUCCCAUCUUCAGGAAGUUGUGUCGCAGUUAGAAAAAAACACAUCAGAUCCGCAAUCUUUACCGCCCGCGUCCGAACAAGUCAUAGCCGAUCUAAAGAGUUCGGAUAGCGGAUGGUCGUUCCACACGCCGCCGUCCUCGCCAUCGAGUUUAGGCUCUAGAAAAUCUUCCAUGUGUUCAAUUAGUUCUCUAAAUAGUUCCUCUUCGGGAAGCUCAAAAAGUCACCAUUCCCCCAGUCAUCCCCAUUGGCAGCAUUCUCUAUCGCAGUCUGUAGUUCGAAAUGGUAUAGUGAGGUUAGCUUCAGUCUCGAGUCGAGAUUCUGGAUUUACUUCUCAAGAUACACUUUACCCUAGACCUCCUUCUUCACUAAGUGUUGCUCAGGUUUCGAAUGCUUCUGAAAAUAGCAGCAACAGUAGCAGUUCCAGCACGCCAUGUACACCUUUCUCAUCUUCGACAAUACCCGCAACGACAGCGACUUGGCCUAAUCUGCAAGAAACGCUCCAAUUUGAACGAGCUGCAAGUGCUAUUAUCAGUGACCGUCCUCAUACGAUUUCUUCAGCAUAUGAAAAGGGACAUUUGCGACCACCUUUAACUGUAUAUACAUUCCAAGCUCCAGAUCAAAGUUUGUCCCAACCGGUUAGUCCUGUGACCGGCAUCACUCCUAUAACCGAAAAUGCACCAGGUAUUCCUACUACAAGUUCCACCUUUUCUAUGAAAUCUACUCAGAGUAAACCACCUUUACCCACGAGGUGUUCAUCUCUGGAAAGACCAAGUGGGCCAAAUGUUCCUGCCAAAACUAUCAAAUCGGGUGUUCGUGUUUUACCUCCGGGCAACAUCGAACACAAGCUUAUAAAACCAACUCCACUUCCAGCUCACAUCUCUCGAGUUAUAGAUAUACCUCAACCUACUUACGUCAAUAUGCACGAAUUGGCGAGUAUGGCCGCCAAUAAAGCUCAAGAAAUGAACUUGCCACCGCCGCCUGCCGAGUUCAUCACUCCUCUGCCUCCUUCGACGGAAAAGGGUCCUAACGAAGGUGAGAAAGAUGGUAGUACUAGUGAGAGUUCUUUAGAGUCCUCCAGUGGAUAUGGAAGUCAAACAACUUUUCCUGUAGAGGAAGCUGCACAUAUCGAAGAUCUGUCGGUGUCUAAUCUAGAGACGGCCGGCAAGUACUGCACUCUACCACGUAAGGGAGACCUGAACGCAAUUCGACGCCGUCCUUUGUCAAUGACAGCUAUGUAUUCAAGUGGUACUAUCCGAAAUACAUUGUUACGUCGUGGUUCUUCGCAAAACAACAAACCUCUUCCACCAAUUCGUCGAACGUCGUCAAUUACAAAUACCAAUCGACCACUUACCCCUGUCCACAGUGAUGAGAAUUUGCCACCUCCUCCAGCAUUUCUCUUAGAAGCUACCACUCUCGCCAAAAAUCAUAUAUCAGUUAAUGUAGCCGAAACAGUUAAGGCACUUACAGAGUUAAAACACACACCGGCCAGUCCGAGCUCAAUGCGACGUGUGUCUUCGUCUUCUCAAGGAACGACUGUCGUUUCGCAGUCAAUAUCACAAUCGCCAAUACUUAGCACGUUUCAAAAUCCUGGACAACCAAAGCCUUCGUACGUAUCGCAAUCUGCCGGAGUUAUCUAUGCUCAUCCCUCACAAAUUGUUUCUGGAAGUCCAAGUGAGAUCCGUCGUGUGAAUUCUCUUCGUUCGCAAAGCGCCGAAAGGAGAUCUAAUGAAGGUCCUGGCGGUGUCGGUUCAAGUUUCAUAGCAGCUCUCAGCGCCAAACUAGCACCUAGCUUAAGUCCGAGAACGUCACGUCGUCAUUCCGAAGAUCUCCAACCCAUAAACAUUGGACAAAGUACGCAGGUGAAAAUUACGCCGCGAGGUCCAGGCCAAAACUUUCUAGAUUCCCUCAACGCCAAACUUGCUCAACAACACAUGGCUAAUAACAUGCAACAGCCUCAAUUGAAGGCGCUCAAAAUUCGACAAAUUAUAAACAGUAAAGCGCAACCUGAUCCGAAAGUUUGUCAUGAAUCUUUAAUGGAUCAGAUUAAGCGAGGCGCGACAUUAAAGCGAGCCAAGGUGGUAAACGAUCGAUCUGCUCCUAAAAUUUAUUAAUCAUGAAAGGUGACUUAGAGUUCAAAUUUUGUUUUUAGGAAGUAAUGUUUUUUUGUUGCGUUAAAUCAGAAAAUGCUGCUUGAUCAAUGUUUACCUGGAAUGUUAUUUGGGAACUGCAGUGCUUAUAGUUAACGUACUGUGAAUCACACACGUCCAUACUUAGAUAAUAAUGACUGAAUUAUUAUUUUUGCAUCGCAUGCGGAAUUAUGACAUUGAAUGACUGAUUGUAUUAAUCGAUGUAGUUAAAGAAGUUCUCAUAACCGUAAAUGUUAUAAUUUUCUUUGUUCGUGCGAUACUUACAUAUCUUCUCGCGUAUGGCAGGAGUCAUUUUGUUAACAGCUAAAUACACUAUUUAUUUUACAAAGUGGUUAUCCGACUCUUAUGGUAUUCUGUAAAUAGGUUGACAUAAUAAAUAUAUAAAAAUAAUUAGUAAAGACAAUAUAUAUGAUGCACACUUUAUUUCUUACGAAUAAGUACAACCGUUAUCCUGUUCCAAACUUGUUGUAUAUAUAUCUAGCUAUUACCUCAGUCAGUAUCUAAAAAUUAUAAUUUUAAGGCGUAUUCUUAAGAGAUUGAUGAGAGUAAAUGGCAGGUGUGCUAGUAGUUUUGUAAAUGUAUUUAAUCUGUCAAUGUAGCUGUGCAUUUUAUACAUCUAAUGUGAAUUUUAAAUUCGUAAAUUGUAUUCGACGCAUCUGUAUAUAGGUACAUCGUUUAUAUACUUUAGUGGUCAGCAAUGCAUGCUAAUUUUGGAGUGCACUAUAAAAAACAUUAUUUUUUUUUAAAUAACGCAGUUCUCUGAUUUAGACAGGUUCAUUUCCUUAUGGUGUAUAUUAUAUAAAAUGGAAAAUAAUAACGUUUAAAGAUUCAAA